GAAAAAGAGGCGUGUCCAUCCUAAUGCUGGACCUUCAGGUGAAGAUGAAGCUGAUUAUGAACUCCCAGAGUGGACCAUGGAGCUAACAACAGACAGAGAAGGGAAAAAUACUUCACCAAGUACUGCUGCAAAUGCCCUUGAUAACAAAGACAAGUUAUCACCAGAUGAUAGUGGAAAGAGUGACUCAAAAUCAGAAAGACUGAAGAUUCCAAAAAUCUUUUUUGGAACAAGAACACACAAGCAAAUUGCUCAGAUUUCAAGGGAACUCAAGAAGACUGUCUACAAGCAUGUUAAGAUGACUAUACUUUCCAGUCGAGAGCAUUCAUGUGUUCAUCCAGUAGUUUCCAAAGGUAAAAAGAAGAAUGAGGAAUGUAAAAAGUUGCUGGAUGGUUCAGAGGGUAUGACCUGUAGAUACUAUCAAAAAGUUCACACCAUUCGGACUCAAACCAGCUUGAGAUACCAUGGUCUGUCUGGUGCCUGGGACAUUGAAGACUUGGUAACUCUAGGAAGUCAAAUCAAGGCUUGUCCAUAUUUUGCAGCAAGGGAGUUAAUGAAGGAAGCUGAUGUCAUUUUUUGCCCAUAUAACUAUCUCAUUGAUCCAAAAAUUAGAAUGCAGAUGGAUAUAAAUCUCAAGGACCAGAUUGUUGUUCUAGAUGAAGCGCACAAUGUUGAAGACUCUUCACGAGAGGCAGGCAGUCUUACACUGACAGCUGUAGAGUUACAGAACACUCUAGAUGAACUUGAUAGACUAGUUCAAAUGCAGGUUUUGACAGAACACCAUCGCCCUUUACAUUUGAUGAUUGGGAGUUUUCUGCGAUGGAUUCAUGAGAGUUCUGCACAAUUAAAAGAAAGAAGCUUUGAGCAGUCUUCUAAAGUAUGGUCUGGAAUGGAAAUCAUAGCUGCAAUGGAGAAACAAGCAAUCACACCUGGAACCUUCUACAUAUAUUUUGAACAUUAUCAGUACAUUAUGGCAACCAUAAAAGAUCCAACAAGAUCAAAUGACAUGCCUACCUUGUCCUCUCAUAGUCAAAGUCUGCUGGAAGGGAUAUUCCUUGUUGGGAAAUAUAUGAUGGCAAACAAUAUGCAAUAUAUUUCUGAUUACAGGUGUGCAGUACUGAAAACAUCAGUCAUGGUUAGGGAUGUAGUUUUGCCAGGAGGAUGGAGACGAUCUCAUGGAGGAGCUAGAAAGGAAUGGACGCAAUCUUUGAACUUUUGGUGCUUAAACCCUGCUGUGGUUUUCUCAGAGCUUGGCUCUCAGGCUCGUUGUAUUGUGCUGACGUCUGGAACUCUUUCACCCAUGGCUUCGUUCUCGUCUGAGCUUGGAAUCAAAUUCCCAAUCCAGCUGGAGGCAAAUCAUGUCAUUGCUAAUUCACAGGUGUGGGUUGGGACUCUGUCAUCAGGACCAAGUGGAUCAGCUAUCAAUGCAAGUUAUCACAGUGCUGAGACCUUCACUUUUCAAGAUGAGGUUGGCAAAAUUCUGCUUAAUGUUUGCGAGACAGUGCCUCAUGGAGUACUCUGUUUCUUUCCUUCUUAUAACAUGCUGGACAAGCUAAGCAAACGUUGGCAGUCAACAGGUUUGUGGUCAAAGCUUGUGGAUAGAAAAGUACUUGUCAGUGAGCCACGCAGUGGGGACAAAUCAGAUUUUGAUGAUAUUAUGCACCAGUUUUACCAUGCUGUGAGAGCAAGUGAAGGCGAAGAGAGUAACAUGCAGCAAGAUUCCGAUGACGAGUCAUGUGUGGACGGUGGGUUGUUCUUAGCCGUUUGUCGAGGAAAAGUAAGCGAAGGACUCGACUUUGCUGAUAACAAUGCUAGAGCGGUGGUUACGAUCGGAAUUCCUUUUCCAAAUGUGAAAGAUGUCCAGGUGGAACUCAAACGAAAAUACAACACGCAGUAUUCAGCGAGCCGAGGACUGUUAACAGGAAGUGAGUGGUAUGAGAUCCAGGCCUACAGAGCGUUGAACCAGGCUCUAGGAAGAUGCAUUCGCCAUAAGCAAGACUGGGGAGCUAUUCUAUUGAUAGAUGAACGGUUUAACAAGUCUCCAAAGUAUACAAAUGGGAUAUCCAAAUGGGUCCGAAAGAGAAUUGCAAAGUUUAACAACUUUAAUGAGGCUAUGUCGUCCUUGAAAGAAUUUGCAACUGCGCGUAAACUAGAUCCAUGCCCUUCCGGUAGCAGCCCGGGCUCACUCAGCCAGUUGAGCAAAAGCACAGUGGAGACUCCAGCUAAAGAGCUAGGCGUUCACUUUCGCACUAAACCACUUGAGGACGACAGACUGUCUCCACAGCUUGAUCCCAGCAGAACUCCGGUUCAACACACUGGUACUAAACCAUUUGCCGAGCAAACAUCGCCUGUCAAUUAUCAAGGAAAUCAAAUCUCUGGGUUUAUGCCUGCGUCUCAUUUGACCCCUUCGGCACUCUCUGAAGCCACUCCCCAUGGCGUAUCUCUUAGUGUUGAGAGGGCUGCCUCAAAACUUGCGCAAUUCAAGCGGAAAAGUGUUGGUCAAGACAAGAGCGAGAGGCACGUUUUCAAAGGGAUGGAAUCGAUUUCUGAUUUUACACCAAGAAAUGGCGGAAAUGUUUUAUUAAGUAAGCGCAAUGAGGUAAAUGAGGACAAGAAAUUUGUCAACCAGGUGUCGGUUGGGAAAGUUGACUUUAAUCAUGCCAGCGAAAACCACUCAAAUGAACAGCUGUCUUACUCUCCUGUUCUGUUUGCUACGCCCCAGUCCAGUCCUUCGCCUUCACCAGUUAAGCAGGAAUUUGACACUUAUAAACCAGUUGAAAGAGAAGUGAGGACAGAUGUAAACUCUUCGAACAUGAAUUCCUUCUGUAACACAUCAAGUCAUGCUAAAACUGUAGAAAAUGGAUACAGUGAUCUAAGCAAAAGUUCAAUCCAGGUGUCAAAAGAUAUCAGUGAUUUCGAAGAAUCGGGAGGCCAAGGCUUCGCUGUUAAGGAAAUUCCCUGCGAGGUAAAAGAAGAGAGUAAGCCACGUGACUUCUUAGACGAGGUUGAAACUGAUUUUCCCUUGGAUAAGUCUGAGUUGGCAAACCGUUAUGUAGACUCAAACGUGGGUGCGAAGAAAUGUUUCGAUGGGAAAAAUUGUAAAUCUGAGAUGUCGAGCAACGUUCGACAGGGACGGAGAAAGAGUUCGAGGCUCAGACGAUCUUCAAAUGGCACCGGGUGCACUGAGAAGGAACAGAAAGAAGUAUGCGAGGAAAAACCAGAGGUUAAAGGUGGCAAUCCAAUACUGAGUUGUGGCCGAUGUGGAAGCAACCUCGUUGCAGGUCGCGUCGUUGUUAGACCCUUCCCACAAAAGAUUCCGGAAUUACUACGGAGCUCUUUUAGGAUGUUGGAAACAAUUGAUGACAAAAGUAUCAAUGUUAUCGACAAGGGGGCUUGCGAAAUUUUAAACCUGGGUUACCCGGUUGCAGAUGCAAAAAACGAUGACUUUUCAGGUGUGAAUUCUGUUUUCGUGCCAGAAAGCGAGAUCUGCUACAUCCCUCAGGUCUGCAAGGUGUGCCAGUCUACAAGAGAUGAAUCACACAUCGUGGGCUUACAAGUGGUAUCCUUCAGAACGUUUUCUGAAGAGGUCUGGCUAUUUCCUAGUAUCGUUUUUAAUCGUCAACCAUCGGGCCACCAGAACUGAAAAGACCUGGCUCAAUCGUAUCUCUGCAACUCGACUCUGUUUUGUCUCUGAAACACGUCAUGAAUAAAAUUGUUUGAUAUAAUGUGA